CCUCCCUUUCCCAUACGAACACUCCAGAUUUCCACUGUUAACCAUAGCGAAAUCCUCCGAGUCUUUCACAUCUUAUCAUGGCAUCUCCAUCUCAUACACGCGCUGUUCCCGCUCGCUCAGUGGCUCGCAGUCUGGCCGACGCCGCCGCUGCUCUUCGUGCGCAAGAAUGGCGAGGCGACAGCUCAAAUAGUCGCGUUAACUCAUCAGUUGUCCCGCGUCAAAUGCCGCCAUACGAAGAGGACAUCUCAACGUCCUACAGCGCGCGCUACAGCGUCCAGGACGAGCAAAACGGAGCCUUGUACGACCGCGAGGCCUUCUACGAAGAGCUACGCGAGCGCCACCGCAACUUGACGGAAAGGCAGAGACUCGCACGAGAGUUUUUCGCUCAAAACCUUCAGCAUAGCCAGCAUAGACCAUGGGGAGAAGAAAACGAAACACUAAGAGGCCACAACGCAGCCAAAAGACAGCGAGUCGUCGCGGACAGGAGUCCACAGAGACGCCAACCAACAGAUAAACCGAGAAGAGCGUCACCAAGACCGACACAGCCUGUACAGGAGUCAGGAUUAGUGAUAUCGUCUUCGAUUAGACCGGAGACGCCGAAUUCGAGCGGGUUACAUGAGGUUACGAACGCUCCGUCAGUUAUUGAAGACGCAGAGAGUGAAGGUGCGGUGGGGGGAGCAGGGAAGAAGCGCGUGCGGUAUCUGCGCGAUACCGAUCGCCGCAAUAUUAUCAAACGUAUUGAAAACGGAGAGAAACAGGCAGCACUGGCGCGGGAAUUCGGCGUCACAAGAGCAGCUAUUUGCCAUAUUAAGAAGAAUCGCUUCGAGAUUCUAUCACGCUACAAUACGCUGGUGAAAUCUGCUCAAGAAAUUGAUUGCGCGGAUAAUUUUGUCGGACCGCCAGGAAUGGACAUGAUGGUGCAUCAAGUUCGCGCCAAGUCUGUCUUGUUGCUGAUGACUAUGCUACGUGACAAACGCUCGAAUGGAGCCACGUUCCGUCGCGUGGCAGGCCGAUUGAUAAUGAUUUUAUUGGAAGAGACGUUAGGAGUUCUAGGCACAGGCAGUGUGGAGGUGAUAACUGGUACUGGCCAUCUGUACCGGGGUCUAGAACUUAGACAUCAGUUCUGUGGUGUGGCUGUCGGUACAGAGGGGUUCCCAUUCCUCGUAUUGUUCCAUCAAAUGGAACCUGAAGCUCCUCAAGGAUCGAUUCACGUUCAAGCAGAGACGGACAAACGAGGUGACCGCGUUUGGCGCUUGGAUCACAUGGAUCUACCAGCUAAUAUCGCUCAACACAAGGUGCUGCUGUUUUCCUCUACAUGUAGUACGGGUAACGCCGAAUGCAAGGCCAUUGAGGUGCGUGAGUUAUAAGGUUGUCUCCACUGAGUUGUAGAGAUUGAUUGUUAUGGAUAGGCUUUGUGUAGUAUUGGCUGCGACGAACGCAGUAUCGCGCUUGUUGUGAUCCUCGUGGCGUCGGAUGGGAUCGUCAACAUCAGCAACCGCUUCCCACGUAAGCUCAACUCCACAGUUUCGUUGUCUCUCAGACAGACCUGUGUUUUUCUUUAUUGUUAUUGCCAACUCUCAUGAAUAUUUUUUUGCGUAUUUACAGAGGUGAAGAUCAUCACGGGUGGAGUUGAUGGCACAGUAGACCCACAGACAGAGAGCAUUGUUCCCGGGUUCGGUGAUUUUGUCUUGCGCUAUAAUGGAGGCUCAUAAGCGAUUGUACUAUAGUUUUAAAAUCACAAGAGCAUUUUUGAAAUUACGUUACGACUUGGUGACUGCGGGACUUAACUGCAGUUCCCCAUAAUGCCGUCUAGCCGUAACGAUACAAAUACAUGAAUAAAAUGAUGUUAACCCUGCA